AUCGCUUCAGUCGCCGGAGAUCCUAACUUCUUAACGCAUUCAAGGUAGAGAGAUAUUAAGUCUAGCCUUGUCGGCUCCCCAAGGAGUUUCAAUAUAUUCCUAUUAUAUUUAUGCAUGUCAAAGACUCCAAUUGAUAGAACGCGCUUUACCAACAUGAAUGACCGUUCCCAUUCCCCGUCAGCAAUAGUCCCACUCUACCAUGACUUCGCAGCCGAAAGACAGUGGACACAAGGUGUUGGGAGACAAGGUCUCUCUGGAGACAUUGAGAAUAUGCCUUCCCGACUCUUGCCCAAAUAUCGGGACAUAUCUUGAGGAAAAGGGUCUUAGCAAAAUUGUCCGUGAAACUGUGCCACUUGAAAACACCGCUUGCCGGCCAGAGGGAUGGAUCUUGGUUGACCUGGCAGUUGAGAGGGAGGGAAUUCCUCUCGUGCAGGGUUGCUUUUCUUCCGUCUCGUCAUCGCUUGAUGAUCUGAGUCUGGUCAUUAUUGACGAGGACUCGAGCGAUCCCGAGACACAAAAAUGGCUAAGAUUCUUUUGGGUUCACUCCAAUUAUCUCCGGCAAAACGCAGUGGCAAAGGAGAGCGGACGUGCUUCAGCGCGUGUGCUUGAAUGGUAUCAAAUGCGCUUGGAUAAGUUGAGCAUGGUGCUGAUGCAAAAUCGCGCUUGA